ACUAAUAUUCCAGAUAGUGUCACUAAUAGAUGUUCUCAUUCUCUCUCAGUUUGGAAUGAGACACAGACCACUCACUGGAUAAUGGAGUUUGGAGGAAGGCCAAGAGAUGCUGAGUCAACAAUCAAUGAUACAGCAUUUAUUGAAAUCAUAUCUAAUACUGGUCAUUUGGUAGUACAAUCGGUACUGGACAUUAAUGAAUAUCAGAAGAGAAGAAUACAAGAUGCUGUAGGGAAGUGGAUGGAGGAAGGGAGUGUUGAUCUAACUGUUACUCGUGUUAAUAUGCUUGGUGCUCCUGGAGCUGGUAAAACCUGCUCACUGCUCCUCCUACUAAAUGAAGAUCCACCGACUAAUGACACCAGUACACCCAUUGCCUGCCCUGCCGUUAGGACUACAAGAGUUGCCAUUUGCGAUAAAACGAUUUGGAAUCGAGUGACUCGAGCCAAUUUACUUGAUCAAUUAGCAGCGGAUUUCGAAUCAGUUUCACAGGAAAAAACAACAAAAGA